CGGAUAUUACGCAGCUAAUGACGUCAAGAUCAGGAAGUUCCAACACAGCCCACUCGACUAGACGUUGUGUUCGGAAGCUGAAUGUCUCUUGCCGAUUUUUUUCUUUUUAAAUAAAGUGAAACAGUCGUAUUGAGAUUGGUAGAGUAUCGGUUUAAAUAGAGCUGAACAGAUGUGCCUUUACUGUAUCCUCAGUUUGGCUUAGAAUGCGUUAUCGUUUUAUGGUAGCUAGCUAGCUAACAGGCUAACAGCUCGUUAAGGUUGUUUUGAUUAUCAGUGCGAACAUUAACGUUAAACCGACGGUGCAUGGACUCACCUUCCCGUGCUAAUAACGGUUUGUUUGACGAAGUCGACUCGAAUCAGUAAAUUAUUUAAUGCCAUAGAUGUUAUACCGAAUUCACGUAAAUCGGAUGCAGCGCAUCAGCUAGCUGGUUAGUUCAGGUUAACAGUCGCCUGUCUUAGCUAGCGCUCUUGGGGACCGUCUGGUUUGUCCCUUGCCCCGACCAUUGCACGUCUGGUGAGCUUAUCAAGCUCUCUGUGAUCCUGAUCCAAUGCGUGGGAUGAUGGGGACCCAGAGUAGUCCUGUCAAGAGUUACGAUUAUCUCUUGAAAUUUCUUUUGGUGGGAGACAGCGAUGUCGGAAAGGGAGAAAUCUUGGACAGUUUGCAAGACGGAUCAGUAGAGUCUCCCUAUGCCUAUAGCAGUGGAAUUGAUUACAAGACGACUACUAUUCUGCUGGAUGGGAGAAGAGUAAAAUUAGAGUUGUGGGACACAUCAGGUCAAGGCAGAUUCUGCACUAUCUUUAGGUCUUAUUCUCGUGGAGCACAGGGUAUCCUACUUGUGUAUGACAUCACUAACGGCUGGUCAUUUGAUGGCAUUGACCGCUGGAUCCGGGAAAUUGAUGAGCAUGCCCCAGGUGUACCCAGGAUCCUGGUGGGCAACCGGCUUCACCUUGCUUUCAAGCGGCAGGUGCCAACAGAGCAGGCAAGGGCUUAUGCAGAAAAAAACAGCAUGACAUUCUUUGAAGUCAGUCCGCUGUGCAACUUCAACGUCAUUGAAUCCUUCACAGAACUUUCACGUAUUGUGCUGAUGAGGCACGGGAUGGAGAAAUUCUGGAGGCCCAACAGAGUCUUCAGUCUCCAAGAUUUGUGUUGCCGUUCGAUUGUCUCCUGCACACCAGUGCACCUUAUUGACAAGCUUCCCCUGCCUGUGGCCAUCAAGUCCCAUCUCAAGUCUUUCUCCAUGGCCAACGGCAUGAAUGCAGUCAUGAUGCAUGGACGCUCCUACUCAGUUGCUAACAGCGCAGCCACAGGUGGAAGCAGUGGAGGAAGCAAAGCCAACAGUCUGAAGCGCUCAAAGUCAUUCAGGCCUCCACAGAGUCCUCCAAAGAACUCAUCAGCAUCCUCUAAAGGGAACUGUAAGAUUUCAUAGUGAAGGAGUGGACUAAUGGUUGCCUCCUGAGGGCCAGUAUUAAAGGUGUUGUUGCUCCAAGAGGUCACGUGGGGCACAGAAUAGCAUGGAGAGCUACUUGCAGUCUUCACCAGAAAGGGAUACAGCUGUGAACUUACCCUGACCUUUGGGAAACCUGUCUUGGAUGGUCAGUUUGGCUUCUGUUCUCUUUGCGCUUGCUGGUGCCAUCUUGUGGAUGUCUGUUUACCUGUACUCUUUACUACAGAGUCUCACUGUGACCAAGUCGAACAAGAUUUUGCUGGAACCAGCAGAUGUGAAUCAAGGAUUAUCACUUGCCUGUUAACACUAUAAAUGAGUGGAGGGACAUUAUCUAUCUUUUUAUUUGGAGAAGGAUUGUUUACUGUAUUUAACAUUGGACUUCAAAUUGUAAAUAUAUUGUAUGUGCUAAUUGGUGUGGUCUGUGUUUGGUGAUUGAUCUCAGAGAGGAAUUUCUUAUGCUUGUUUUGUCUUGAAUGCUGUUGGAGAUCUGCUUUGGUGUGCAAUUUAUAUGUGUGGUUUUUGGUCUCCGUCCGCCGUAGGAAAGUUCCUUUUGCAACCUCAAGGGCACAGAGCUACUUAUUUAAAACUCUGAUUAGUUAAGUUUUAAUUAAGACCAGCUUAUAUUGAAUGUUGGGAGCAGAGAGAGGCUAGUCCCUCAGACAGAAUAGUCCCAGACAGAAUAGUCCUGGAUUUAAAAAAUCAGAGGAGUUAUCCUUUCAAAGACCCUCUUAGUCUAGCACUACUUAAUCUCUAAAACUGUCCCGCAUAGAUGAGCCAAGUUGUCUUUUGAAGACUUCCUGUGGUAUCCCUAAAUUCCAGCCCAAAUGAAUUUGCCCUCCAUCUUCAUCAGUCAUUAGUUUGAACAUCUGUUUACUUUCUCAGGCUGUUUUCGCCGCCUCUAAACCUAAUAUUGUCAGUUGUAUCAUGGCUUUAACUGGUUUAAACCACCACCAACAGCAUGAUCAGUGUACACCUGUUAACUUUUGGUGCUGAUGAUACAAACUCAUGGCAGUUUACCUUGAGAAAGUGCUGCAGUCAUGUCUUGGUUCUUAACAGGAAUUUGUAAACUCGCUAGACAUUGGUGACAGGACUGUUUUAAUUUGAUUGCUUUUUGAAUAUUUUAUAUAUAUGCUAUGUAUUUAUGAAUGUAAAACAAUAUUCAUCUGCUACUUUUCUGUGGCCAUGUGGUAAUAUGUGGGACCGUGAGAAUCAGAGGUGGAAAGUCAUCUGCUGAGUUAAUAUUUUUAUUGAGGGUUGCUCCUGAGUAUUUCUACUUUUGCUGCUUAGGUUGAUUCUUAUUUUCUUAGUCUGGUCGUUUACAGCGGGAAUAUUUACUCUACACAUUGAAUUAGCAAUGCAAGAAUGCUAGAUGGACUUGAAGUCCUUUUUAAAUUCAGAUUUAACUAAUUGUGUAGUUCUUUUUAAUAACUGAGGUAACCUACAUAAAUAUAUUUUUAUUCUUAUAUAAAUCUCAGUUUCCUUUCCACCUCUGAUUAUCAUGUGGUGUAUUACCCCUUCAAUAUUUCCAGUGGCUACAUGUCUGUGAUAAUAUCAUCCAGGGCAUAAAAAAUGGUGCAUGUUUUAUGUGGUGUUUUGGGAGCAGUACAGUAGGCUAACAGAACUCUUGAGAGAACAUUUAAAGCACUAUAUGUAAAUGUCUGAUACUGAUUGUUGCUAUCAGAGCUGUGUGUCUAAAGGUUUGGAUACGCGAUUUAUAAUAAUUUGUCUCCAUUGAGAACAGUCACCCAUCCAAAUAAAGGGUAAAACUACA